GAGGCGGAGACGAGGCAGCGAUUGCUGCGCAACGUGAAGAAAGAGGUCAAACAGAUCAUGGAGGAGGCGGUAACCCGAAAGUUCGUGCAUGAGGAUAGCAGUCACAUUAUCUCCUUCUGUGCUGUGGUGGAGGCUUGUGUGUUACAUGGCCUGAGGCGAAGGGCAGCUGGUUUCCUGCGCAGUAACAAGUUGGCAGCUCUCUUCAUGAAGGUGGGCAAGGUCUUCACUCCAGCAGAGGACCUGUGUAGGAAAGUUCAGGAACUAGAGCAGAUCAUCGAGAACAAACAGAACCAGGCCCAGUUGAGCCAGGACAGUACUCGAAAGCAGCCCAGACUCCCAAACUUAUCCCCUCAGGCAAUUAAGCACCUGUGGGUCCGCACCGCGCUGACAGAGAAAGUUCUGGACAAGAUUGUGCUCUACUUAGUGGAGAACAGCAGUAAAUUCUAUGAGAGGGAAGCUUUGUUAAGGGAUCCUGUUGAUGGACCAAUUCUUGCAUCUCUAUUGGUGGGACCGUGUGCUCUGGAGUACACCAAAGCCAAAACGGCGAAUCACUUCUGGACCGACCCGUCUGCCGACGAACUGGUUCAGAGACACCGCAUUCACAGUGGCCACUGCCGGCAAGACUCUCCUACCAAGCGCCCUGCCCUUAUCCAGAAAAGGCAGUCCAGCGGAAGUAUGGACGACAGGCCCUCGCUUUGGGCUCGAGACUAUGUGGAGUCGCUCCAUCAAAAUUCCCGAGCCACACUGCUGUUCGGCAAAAACAACGUCCUCGUGCAGCCGACAGAUGACAUGGAAGCUAUCCCGGGAUACCUUUCCCUCCAUCAGACUGCAGAUCUCAUGACACUGAAGUGGACGCCAAACCAGCUAAUGAACGGGACCGUGGGCGAAUUUGAGUAUGAGAAAAGCGUUUACUGGGAUUAUGCAAUGACGAUACGCCUUGAGGAAAUAGUCUAUUUGCACUGCCACCAACAAGUGGACAGUGGAGGCACGGUGGUGUUGGUGAGCCAAGAUGGCAUCCAAAGGCCGCCAUUUCAUUUCCCCAGAGGAGGCCACCUGUUACAGUUCCUCACAUGCCUGGAAACUGGGCUCCUGCCCCACGGCCAGCUGGACCCACCCCUGUGGUCUCAGAGAGGGAAGGGGAAAGUGUUCCCAAAACUGCGCAAGAGAAGUCCACACGGAUCCUGCGAGUCUUUCUCUGACAAGGACGAGGAUGAGGCCACCGACUACGUUUUUCGGAUAAUAUACCCCGGUAGCCAGUCAGAGUUUGUGGGUCCUGAGCUGAUAGAUCAGGGAAUGAACAUGUGGCAACCCUCUCCCAGAAAGUCCUCCUGCUCCUCCUGUUCGCAGAACGGCUCCUCCGACAGUGGUCUCCCCAACGGAUGUAAUCACGACAGGGCGCCUCUGAAGUUACUUUGCGAGACGAUGAAAUACCAGAUCAUUUCUCGUGCUUUCUAUGGCUGGUUAGCGUACUGCCGCCAUUUGUCGACUGUCCGCACACACCUGUCUGCCCUGGUUAACCCCACAAUCGUGGAGCCCGACAUUCCCUACGAUGCCAGAGGAGGACUCUCCACGGAAGUGUGGAACACUUUUCUCCAAAACUCUGCUGCCUACGAGGAAGAAGAACUUCUGAGGCUUGUGUACUAUGGCGGUGUUGAGCCAGGACUGCGUAAAGAGGUCUGGCCCUUCCUGCUUGGCCACUACCACUUCACCAUGACCCCUCAGGAGAGAAAAGAGGUGGACGAGCAGGUUCGGGCGUGUUAUGAGCAGACCAUGAGCGAGUGGCUGGGCUGUGAGGCUAUUGUUCGACAGCGAGAGAAGGAGCAGCACGCUGCCGCUCUUGCCAAAUGUGCUUCUGGAGCCAGCGUGGACGCAAGCCUGCGGCAGGACUCCACCAUCAGCACCGAUUCCAAUCAGAGUAGCAGCUCUGACAAGCCAAGCCACACCUGCUCCCAGAGUGACUCUAGCAGUAGUGCUCAGGUGUUUGGGUCUGUGGAAGAGGUAGACCAAAUUGAAACCGAACCUAAACCCAAAGAGGGAAAGCCCCAGCCCAAAAUUGCCAAUGGGGCACUCCCGAAUUGCACCAGUUCUCCAGACUCCGGGCACCCGUCUUCUCGUAACUUCUCUGUCACCUCCGGGCUUUCGGACUGCUCCCCUAGCACAGAGGACACGUCAACGCAAGACUCAGGCUCCAAAGCCAUCGAUUUACCUUCAGCUGUAGUCAUCCCAGAGAGCUCUGCUGAAGCCUCCAUUGGUCUCAGCCUCGAAGACCAGUCCAGGGCAGAGUUAAAAGAGGAAAACCCCACAAUCCCAGACAUAGCUGAGGAAAAAUCCAACAGCUCAGAAAGAAUAGAGGACAGUACGUUAAAAGCAGAAGGCAAACCCAACACCCCAGACAGAUUAGAGAACAGGGCGUUAAAACCUGAAGACGAAAAACCCAACACCCCAGAAUGCGUAGAGGACAGUGUGUUAAAAACUGAAGAAGAAAAACCCGGCACCCUAGACAGAGUAGAGGACAGUGUGUUAAAAACGGAAGACAAAAAACCUGACACCCCAGACAGAGUAGAGGACAGUCUGUUAAAAACUGAAGAAGAAAAACCCAACACCCCAGACAGAGUAGAGGACAGUGCAUUAAAAACUGAAGACAAAAAACCCGACACCCCAGACAGAGUAGAGGACAGUCUGUUAAAAACACAAAACGAAAAACCCAACACCCCAGACAGAGUAGAGGACAGUCUGUUAAAAACUGAAGACAAAAAACCCGGCACCCCAGACAGAGUAGAGGACAGUCUGUUAAAAACUGAAGAAGAAAAACCCAACACCCCAGACAGAGUAGAGGACAGUGUGUUAAAAACUGAAGAAGAAGAAAAACCCGACACCCCAGACAGAGUAGAGGACAGUGUGUUAAAAACUGAUGAAGAAAAACCCAACACCCCAGACAGAGUAGAGGACAGUCUGUUAAAAACUGAAGAAGAAAAACCCAACACCCCAGAGAGAGUAGAGGACAGUGUGUUAAAAACUGAAGAAGAAAAACCCAACACCCCAGACAGAGUAGAGGACAGUCUGUUAAAAACACAAAACGAAAAACCCAACACCCCAGACAGAGUAGAGGACAGUCUGUUAAAAACUGAAGACAAAAAACCCGGCACCCCAGACAGAGUAGAGGACAGUCUGUUAAAAACUGAAGAAGAAAAACCCAACACCCCAGACAGAGUAGAGGACAGUGUGUUAAAAACUGAAGAAGAAGAAAAACCCGACACCCCAGACAGAGUAGAGGACAGUGUGUUAAAAACUGAUGAAGAAAAACCCAACACCCCAGACAGAGUAGAGGACAGUCUGUUAAAAACUGAAGAAGAAAAACCCAACACCCCAGACAGAGUAGAGGACAGUGUGUUAAAAACUGAAGAAGAAGAAAAACCCGACACCCCAGACAGAGUAGAGGACAGUGUGUUAAAAACUGAUGAAGAAAAACCCAACACCCCUGACAGAGUAGAGGACAGUCUGUUAAAAACUGAAGAAGAAAAACCCAACACCCCAGAGAGAGUAGAGGACAGUGUGUUAAAAACUGAAGAAGAAGAAAAACCCGACACCCCAGACAGAGUAGAGGACAGUGUGUUAAAAACUGAUGAAGAAAAACCCAACACCCCAGACAGAGUAGAGGACAGUCUGUUAAAAACUGAAGAAGAAAAACCCAACACCCCAGAGAGAGUAGAGGACAGUCUGUUAAAAACUGAAGAAGACGAAAAACCCGACACCCCAGACAGAGUAGAGGACAGUCUGUUAAAAACUGAAGAAGACAAAGCUCAGGAAGGUGAUGAAGUAGAAGUGGCUGAUGCCAAAGAAACUCCCUGUGUUGAGUCUGUGGCACCUCAAGAAGAGAAUGUCGACAUACACAAAGUAUCUGAUGAGACGAAUGUCACCGAUGCAGAAGAAAACACAAUGUCAGAAACGCAACCGUCUUUAGGUUCCGAAGCCGAGGACACGAAAUCUUCAGAAAUUGUUGACAAAGAGUGUGAACAAGAAACACAUCCAGCAAAGCAUUCUGUCAAGGAGAACGAAAACUCUUUUGAUGAUAGUGACAUCAAAGAACCACAAAAAAUAAAUGAUGACAUUCAGACAACCGUAGACCGAAGUGAUGGAGAGACUGAGGAGAAAAAUGAAAAAUCAGACACUGAGAUGGUCCUGAAAUCUGAAACACAAGAAAACGAUGCUUCAGAAAAGGAAAACUGUUGUAAUCUUAAAGCAGUAGCCCAUGAUUCAUCCAUCAGUGAGAGCAUGUCUCCUGAGGCGUCAGACAUCAGUAAACCUUCUGACAUUGAAGAGGUUACUGUCUCUGAUUCAAAAGAAACAAAAUGUUCUCUAACGGAAGAUUCUGAAACAGAAAAGAAAGAUAUUGAACCUUUGUCUGAGGUAGAAUCAUCAAACAUCAAAGAUCCAGAGCCUUUGGUAGAAAAUGACCCUAAAGUCCAAGACAGCAAAGACGCACAAGUUAUGAUGGCACGAGAUUCUGAUAGAGGGGAGAACAAAUUGAUAGUGAAACAAAUCACGGCCCCAGAGUCUGAAACGUGCAUCUCAAUUGGCUCGUUAACGAAGCAGUCCCCCGACAUGCCGGAUUCUGAUGACUCGCCGUCGGCCUUGGAGAUGGAAGAGAUUCCAUCUGCCUUGGUGUGCAUGUCCUCAGAGGAUAACUGGUCCAACUCCCCCAUCACCCUGGGGGGUCCACCGCUGACCCUGUCGAUGUUGAGGGGGGGAAAUGGGGCGGAGAUGCCUGCUCUGGAGCUGUGCACGGAGGCGGGAGCAAACACAAGCCCAGAGGGAACGGAAUCAGCGUUGUCUGAGGACGAGCCCGAGAUGGACAGCCUGUUCCCCAAACCCGACUCCCUGGCCGUCGGAGGAGAACUCAAAAACGACGUCGCUUCGCCUGUGUCCUCCAUCGGCACCACGUAUUCCCAAGAGCUGGUAGACUUGUACACACUCAACUUGCACCGCAUUGACAAAGACGUUCAGCGUUGUGACCGAAACUACUGGUAUUUCACGACCACCAACCUAGAAAAACUACGCAACAUCAUGUGCAGCUACGUCUGGCAGCAUCUGGAUAUCGGCUAUGUCCAGGGAAUGUGUGACAUAUUGGCACCCUUGCUUGUCAUUCUGGACGAUGAGGCCAUGGCUUUCAGCUGCUUUACUGAACUCAUGAAGAGAAUGAACCAGAACUUUCCUCAUGGUGGAGCCAUGGAUACCCACUUUUCCAAUAUGCGGUCACUAAUUCAGAUCCUCGACUCUGAGCUCUUUGAGCUGAUGCAGCAGAACGGUGACUACACUCAUUUUUACUUUUGUUAUCGUUGGUUCCUGUUGGACUUUAAGCGAGAGAUGGUUUAUGAGGACGUGUUCUCUGUGUGGGAGACCAUCUGGGCUGCUCGUUACGCUUCCUCCAGUCACCUUGUCCUCUUCAUUGCCCUGGCCCUGGUAGAGAUCUACAGAGACAUCAUUCUGGAGAACAACAUGGACUUCACCGACAUCAUCAAGUUCUUCAAUGAAAUGGCGGAGCGUCAUGACGUCCAGCAGGUUCUGGAAAUGGCGCGAGAUCUAGUUCACAAAGUCCAGACCCUCAUUGAGAACAAAUGA